AUGGGUGUGUACCCAACCACCCCGACCCCACCACCCCCAGCCCACCCUUGUAUAACCGAGCCAUUUAUUCCAAAGAAAGACAUCGUCGAAGGUGGACGUUUUAAGAGGCACGGCUCAGCGUCCGAGAUGAAGGUGACGAGAGACUGUUGUGUUGGCUUUAUCAAGUCAAACUUGCUCGUGUUGCUUAUUUUGAUUGGAGUACUUGUUGGGAUCGCCAUUGGGGUAGGCCUGAAUUCCAAAGACCCCAAACUUAGCCAGCCAGAAAUUGUCUACCUUCGUUUUCCCGGGGAACUUUUUCUGCAGAGUAUGAAGAUGCUGUUAAUCCCGAUCGUUGUGUCAAGUCUCUUGUGUGCUACGGCCGAAAUCGACAUCCGGUCUUCAGGAAAGAUUGGUCUUCGGGCUCUGACCUAUUACAUCUCUACCCUAGUGCUUGCGUCUCUCUUAGGGAUAAUAUUAGUACUGACGGUUCGUCCGGGGGAUAGAACAGGUGGGCGGCCAAACUUGGCCUCUGACAUCCCCUCCCCAUCCUCAAAUCCAGGCCUCGCCUUCAUGGAUCUCUUCAGGAACAUGGUCCCGGACAACCUUGUUGAAGUUUGCUUCAAAUCGAAGAAGACUAGAGAAGUGACAGGCGAUGGAGCGACGACUAUAGGCAACUCGUCACCUUUUUCCUCGGUUUUGAACGCUGUGAAAAAUAUCAGUGACGAAGAUGCAAAGGAGCGAGGACAGGUAAAACUGACCGUUGAAAACGUGGAUGGUAUCAACAUGAUGGGCCUGGUUGUAGCCUCCAUACUGUUUGGCUGCGUCACGUCCGCUUCCGGAAGGGAGGCAAAGCCUUUUUUAGAUUUUUUUAAGGCUGUGAGAGUUGUCAGUUUUAAGCUCGUGGCAAUUUUCAUCUGGUACUCGCCUGUUGGAAUCGCUUUUCUCAUUGCAUCCAAGUUAGCGGAGAUGGACGACCCAACAAAAACCUUCAAAGAUCUGGCCAUUUUUACUGUGACUGUGCUGGUCGGUAGUGCCACUCUGCCAGUCACCAUUAAGUGCCUCGAGGAAAGGAAUAGAGUGGACCCGCAAGUUACAAAACUGACAGCAUCUGUAGGGGCCACUGUCAACAUGGACGGCGCCUGUCUCUACCUCACCAUGAUGGCCAUCUUUAUAGCACAGCUUAACGGAAUUCCACUGUCGGCUGGGCAGCUGGUCACUAUAAGUAUUCUGUCCCUGUCAAUCGCAAUGGGAGCAGCCGGAGUUCCGGGGUCUGCUGUGAUCUCCAUGCUCAUGAUGCUCGCCUCGAUGGGGCUGCCCACGGACGAUAUCAGCACCCUGCUCGCUGUCGACUGGUUCCUAGCGCACUGCCGGACCUCCAUCAACAUAUUAGGAGAUGGAAUUGGAGCAGCUGUUAUUGAACAUUUCUCCCGACAUGAUCUAAAGAAAAUGGCGGAAAGGGAGAUAAUGUUGACGGCUAAAUCGGAAAAGGACCUGUGUGAGGGAGAAACAGAACAGGGAACAGCACGCGUUUGA